AUGUGUUGGUAUUUAGGUACGUUAGGUGUGCAUGAACUUACAAAAACACAUACGUCAACAAAUGUAAGUGAACAAUUUGAAGACAUAUUAUCAGAAUGGGAAAUUAGAAAAGACCAAAUUAUUGAAAUAGUAACUGACAAUGGUGCUAAUAUUAAAAGAGUACCAUGUGACACAUUUACCAUAGAUAACAACUCAAUAGAUAACUGUGCAAAUCUUAGUCAACUGAUAGAGAAAACAAGAAAUAUUGUUAAAUUUAUUAAAUUUAGUAUAAUGCUAGUGAUGAGUUCAGAAAACAUCAAGCAAAUGAGGGUUUACCAGAAGGUAAAAUUUUUAAAAUGGUAUUAG